AUGGCUACUACGACACAUUCCAAAUUCACUGAGAAGACCGAAGCCGUUGAGGUCGCCGAGGCGUUUGCUUGUGGAAUCCGUGGCAAGACAGUCAUAGUUACUGGUGUGAAUCGCGGUGGUAUCGGUUUCUCGACCUCCCAAGCCUUUGCCUCUCAAUCGCCCUCCCAUCUCAUUCUUACCGGUCGCAAUCCGGUCAAAAUCCAGGAGUCAAUGAAGGCCCUCAGGGCUGAUUUCCCUGACGUGAACUAUCGCGGUCUCCAGAUUGACCUUUCUAUUCAACAAUCGGUCCGGGAUGCAGCUGCCGAGGUCAUGAACUGGGCCGACGUGCCCACAAUCGACAUUGUCGUUAACAGUGCCGGCAUAAUGUGCAUCCAAGAACGCACAUUGAGCAAGGAUGGUAUUGAGCUGCACUUUGCAACAAACUACCUGGGACACUGGCUACUCACAUGCCUUAUCAUGCCAAAGCUAAUCAAAGCCGCUGAAAGCAACCCGAAGGGCGCCACACGAAUUGUCAACGUAAGCUCUGCUUCGCCCCAGGUCUCCAGUAUGCGCUGGAGCGACAUAAACUUCGAUAAGAGGAACAAAGAUCUGCCCACGGAGGAGCAGCCUAAUUAUGAGUGGUUUGAGAUGUGUGGGUGUCCAGGCAUCGAGGAAGUUUGUUUUGUUCCUCUCGAUGGCUACAACCGCAGCAAGGUUGCAAAUGUGCUCUUUGGCAUCGCCGCGAAUAAGCGGUUAUUCGACAAGCACGGAAUUUUGACCCUAUCCGUACACCCAGGAGUCAUAGAGACUGAGCUAGGCCGAAACAUGACCCCGGAGAGUCAGGAAACAUUUGCGGAGCUGAGAAAGAGCAUUUUUAAACCAAGAACGUUGGGCGCGGGAGCAUCGACGAGUUUGGUCGCCGCAUUGGACCCAAAACUGGCUCAAGGUGUCGGAGAAAGCAAAAACGACAGCGAAAAUUGGGGAUCUUAUCUUGAUAGUUGUCAAAUUAGUGGUAAAGCUCAUUCUCUUGCAGUGUCUAGCAAAGAGGCCGACAAGCUCUGGGAUGUCUCUGAAAAAAUGGUUGGACAGGCUUUCGCAUGGUGA